UAUAAAAGGAGUCUCCAAUAGAUCGGAAAUCCGUAAUAACGUCUCGAAAAUGAAGUUCCAUUUGCUGUUAAUCUGUGUUGCCAUAUCCACGGGAUCGCUGCCCGGAUCAGAGGCAGGGGUGACCGAGGAACAGAUGUGGUCAGCUGGCAAACUAAUGCGCGAUGUCUGCCUGCCCAAGUUUCCCAAGGUCAGCGUCGAGGUGGCCGACAACAUACGCAAUGGAAAUAUUCCAAAUAGCAAGGACAGCAACUGCUACAUCAACUGCAUCAUGGAAAUGAUGCAGGCGAUCAAGAAGGGCAAGUUCCAGCUGGAGUCAACCCUUAAGCAGAUGGAUAUCAUGCUACCGGAUAGCUACAAGGAUGAGUACCGCAAGGGUAUCAAUAUGUGCAAGGACUCCACUGUGGGCCUAAAGAACGCCCCCAAUUGCGAUCCCGCUCAUGCGUUGCUCUCGUGCCUGAAGAGUAACAUCAAGGUGUUCGUGUUUCCCUAGGAAUUUCCGAUACCAGAAAUGCUUCCCAUUCGCAUCCGCAUUCGCAACAGAUAAAUUCGAUAACAUUCCAUUGACCAAAGAAUCCCUGCCCUCCCCUGCCCCGAAAGCCAAAACCUUCGACCAGAUCAAUAAAGGUUAACCCUUAGAA